GGGCGUUGAAUUCAAACACAGUUCCUGCUAAUGCGAACGGAUAAGGGUCACGAGGAGCUCACCCGAACUCAUUCCACUUUCUAUUCUCGACUCAUCUCCGUCGAGUGACAUUGCGUUUGUCGUCCUCUCGCAGGCUUCCCAAGUUGCCACUUCGAUGUCGACUGUUUGGAGAUAGUUGCAGAGCCAACUACGGCCGAGGUUAGGUGGGAUUGGUCAUUACGGAGUGGACUCAAACCUGAAUCAAAUCUCCUCGACUAAGGUUGUUCCAAAUCAAUGAUCGGUGUUCUGAAGGGAGAGGAAGUGAAGUCUCCAGCUCAUUGACGAACAAACACAAGAAUCAGGGUCAGUUUGGUACAACUUCCAGGGCGCCGUCGGGGAAAAUAAAAGAGGCGAUACAAGUGUGCAACAUGAUUGAUGAAAGAAUCCAAAUUAAGGAGCACUUAUGCACGCGCAUCCUUUCAAGGAAAGCUUCACAAAGUGCGAAUUUCGCCGGGCUCGCGAGUCUCCACCGGCCGUACGGCAAUCCCCGUUCCAAAGGCUGGCCUUCCCGAUGGAGGGAAUAGCCGGCCAGGGAAGACCGAGUCAUGUCGUACAAUCACAUACAAAAUAAACGAGAAGCGAAAUCAGCUCGUACAAAUUACUACCGUAAAGCAAGCAGUGGUGACUUGUUGUAACCAUGGGCUUUGACCUUUCCCGCCGGUUUCGAUGGGUCGAUAGGCAUCUACGUGGUUCGAUGAACAUUCAGCCACGCAAGAAGAGGAAUUUCGUUGGGUGGCAGAUCCCCUCAUGGUUUACGGUCAUGACUCAUGAAAAUGCCUUCCCGAGGUAAAAAAGCUUCGCGCCAGAUUAGUUGCUGCUGCAAAGGGAGCUGCUUAUGGGCCGCAGUGUCGAGACGGUGGUGGUCCCAUCAAUUCGCAACGUUGGUGCGGCGCCGGGAUAGGUCCUUGGAGGGUCACUCAUUCUUGGAUGAUUCUUUUCGAAGUGGCCAGAUUCAUGUAUGUCUGCACUGUAAUGUCCAUUCGUGUAGUUGCAGCAGUAGUAGUUGUUGUAGGUUAAGCAACCAAAAACUCGGAUGGGAUAAGUCAAGGUGAAGAAGGCCAUGUGACAUUCCAUACGGUGGACUUAUGGCACCCAAUGCGAGCAAUUAUUCCAUCGGUUGGCUUUGUUCAGAGGCAGACCUAGUUGUCGACCUUGAUUUCGUAAAGGCAGCAGAGCUUGUAAUCCACCAAGUGGGAGAGCACUUGAUGUUAUGUAUUUCGGUCAUGUACAUCAUUGACUGACAUACUCAUUAUCAUCAUUCUACUGUACUCGAGCACCACACCCACAUACCCUUACUACACAAACUACUUCCGAUCACGGUAACGAAGAAUUGUUAUUGGUACGGGUUCUGCAUGAGGCUCUAUCGUUAGGCAGUGAUUUGACUUUGAAUUCGUAAUUCAACUAAUUAAACUAGGACUCGAAAAGCCUUACGAAUCCCUGGAUGAGCUUGCAGCUCUUCCCUUCCUGAUCCUCC